AUGGAGCCAAUCUACUCGCGUGAUGAUUGCAUCGCCACGAUUCGUGACUUCUACGACUUCUUGGGCAAGAUGUUCUUGGAUGUACCCGCGUCCAUCAUCUACCCACCUCCCGGCGGUUGGCCCAACAUGACUCCCGAAGUCAUGGAUUGUCUGGGCAAAGAUCUAAAAGUCAUAGAUUUGCUGCGUCAUCUGCCAUUUCCAGAUGACCAGCUUUACACAGCGCGGCCAGAUUGUUUGCCCGGCUUCUGGUUCUAUGCCUGGAAGACUUUGGCGGACAAGCUGAAGGAGGAGAAGGCAGACGGAGAAGAUUUGCUACUCGCAACAGAGGGUGAAGAAGACCAGUUUGGCGGCAAGAUUCCUAAAUACUGCAUGAACUGCCCAGAGGAAAUCUUGAAGGCGUGCGAUCCUCAGCCAUCACAUCUGGUGGAUCAGUCUGAGAGCGAGGCAAAAGCGGAACAAGAAAGAAGCGCCGCUGUUGCAGAGGGACAAGAGGAUGACGCCGAAGAUUCAGACGACGAGGAUAAUGAGUCUAGCGAUUCAGAGGACGAUGACGAGUCGGAAGACGUGAAAUGGGGACCCUGCUGGCCGAUCCGUCAAUUCUUCAUGAUGUUGAAGAACCACUUCAUCAAGUUGAACUUCAUUCUUCAUAGUAGUUCGCGCAUCAUUCAAAUCUGGACCGGGCGAUACACCGUCCAUGAACAAAUCCCAAAAGGUGUUCCGGAAUUUCUACAGUCUAUAUAUCACAAACAUGGGUGGCCUAAUCUAGAGGUGUAUCAGAAAGAGGCGUGUUUGGAAGAGCUCAAGGAAGCGACAGGAACUAAAGGUACUAGAUACUACAACCUCAAUCAGUACUACCAGAACCGUGGAUACUAG